AUGCUGGCUCGCGGAUGCGUGGUGCGGGCGUUUCGUGGCGUGCAGACGACGCGUUUACUGCGACGCUUUGUGACAGGGAAGUCAUCAGUUCAAAAUGUUCUGGACAAGACGAGCGGAAAAGUGCAUGAAGUGCCAAUCGUGCAACAUUGCGGCGGCAAAGUGACGCGGUAUAUGGGACCUGGCAGUCGUUUCCAAAUGUACUGCUCAUUGAUGCUGGCUGGGAGUCUCGUCUACCAAGCUGAUGCCAGUGCGAAUAUGAUGGAGGUGCUGGCAACUAGUGGCGCCAUCUCAAGUGCGUCCGUGGCUGUGUUUUUCGGGGCCAAGCGAUUGUGUGAUAAGGUUGUUACCGACAUUGUGUCAUGUCGGAGAGUCGGGGACCCUCAUGAAUUCGUGCGGGUGUCGAUUCUGGGUGUUGGAGUGAAGGAAGUGCUGGAGGUCUCGCCUAGGGACGUAAAGUUGUUGGGACACGAUGGCAAGGAUGCCUACAGCUUUGCAUUAGGUGGCCGACAUCUGCAACUGGACACGUCGACGGGCGAGUGUUUGAACCGCAAGGCGCUCGACAUUCUGAUGCAGGGCAAGCCGCUGGUCUCAAGGAAGGGGAAGCAAAGCAAGCAGAGGUCACGGCGGUAA